GGCUGAGGCUCCAGACCCCAUGAGGCACAUCCCUGCAGGACCUAAGCGCCUCAGCCAGAUGCCUGGGCCCGCCAUGCCGCUCACACAUCUGAGCCCACAGGUGCUCCUGCUUCUCCUGCUGCUGGGGGUUGUGCAGGCAGUGGCAGGUGUGCCUAGGGUAGGCGGGGGUCAGCAGCCCACCUUCCGCACCUUUGCUGCAAGUGACUGGGGCCUCACACACCUGGUAGUCCAUGAGCAGACAGGCGAGGUAUAUGUGGGUGCAGUGAACCGCAUUUACAAGCUGUCGGGGAACCUGACGCUGCUGCGGGCCCAUGUGACGGGCCCUGUGGAAGACAAUGAGAAGUGCUACCCACCCCCCAGUGUGCAGUCGUGCCCACACGGCCUGGGCAGCACCGACAACGUCAACAAGUUGCUGCUCCUGGACUACGCCGCCAACCGCCUCCUAGCCUGUGGCAGUGCUUCCCAAGGAAUCUGCCAAUUCCUGCGGCUGGAUGACCUCUUCAAGCUGGGUGAGCCCCACCACCGCAAGGAACACUACCUGUCAAGUGUGCGUGAGGCAGGCAGUAUGGCAGGCGUGCUAAUCGCUGGGCCACCGGGCCAGGCCCAGGCCAAGCUCUUUGUGGGCACACCCAUUGACGGCAAGUCUGAGUACUUCCCUACGCUGUCCAGCCGCCGGCUCAUGGCCAACGAGGAGGAUGCCGACAUGUUCAGCUUUGUGUACCAGGAUGAGUUUGUGUCAUCGCAGCUCAAGAUCCCCUCAGACACACUGUCCAAGUUCCCGGCCUUUGACAUCUACUAUGUGUACAGCUUCCGCAGUGAGCAAUUUGUGUACUACCUCACCCUGCAGCUGGACACACAGCUGACCUCACCUGACGCUGCUGGCGAGCACUUCUUCACCUCUAAGAUUGUGCGGCUGUGUGUGGAUGACCCCAAGUUCUACUCGUAUGUUGAGUUCCCCAUCGGCUGUGAGCAGGCGGGGGUGGAGUACCGUCUGGUGCAGGACGCUUACUUGAGCCGGCCUGGCCGUGCCCUGGCCCACCAGCUGGGUCUGGCCGAAGAUGAGGAUGUGCUGUUCACUGUGUUCGCCCAGGGCCAGAAGAACCGCGUGAAGCCACCCAAGGAGUCGGUGCUGUGCCUGUUCACUCUCCGGGCCAUCAAGGAGAAGAUCAAGGAGCGUAUCCAGUCCUGCUACCGUGGCGAGGGCAAGCUCUCGCUGCCCUGGCUGCUUAAUAAGGAGCUAGGCUGCAUUAACUCGCCCCUGCAGAUCGAUGACGACUUCUGUGGGCAGGACUUCAACCAGCCGCUUGGGGGCACAGUUACCAUUGAGGGCAUGCCCCUAUUCGUGGACAAGGAGGAUGGUCUGACUGCGGUGGCUGCCUACAACUAUCAGGACCGCACCGUGGUGUUCACCGGCACUCGCAGUGGCCGCAUCCGAAAGAUCCUGGUGGACCUGGCCAACCCCGGUGGCCGGCCAGCUCUGGCCUACGAGAGUGUGGUGGCCCAAGAGGGUAGCCCCAUCCUGCGUGACCUUGUCCUCAGCCCCGACCACCAGUACCUCUACGCCAUGACAGAGAAACAGGUGACGCGAGUGCCCGUGGAAAGCUGUGUGCAGUACACGUCAUGCGAGCUGUGCCUGGGCUCUCGGGACCCCCACUGCGGCUGGUGUGUCCUGCAUAGCAUCUGUUCCCGUCAAGAUACCUGUGAGCGGGCGGAAGAGCCUCAGCGCUUUGCCUCGGAUCUGCUGCAGUGUGUGCAGCUGACUGUGCAACCUCGAAAUGUGUCUGUCACCAUGUCCCAGGUCCCGCUUGUGCUGCAGGCUUGGAAUGUGCCUGACCUCUCAGCCGGUGUCAACUGCUCCUUUGAGGACUUCACUGAGUCUGAGAGUGUCCUGGAGGACGGCCGCAUCCACUGCCACUCACCCUCUGCUGGGGAGGUGGCGCCCAUCACGCGGGGCCAGGGAGACCAGCGGGUGGUGAAGCUCUACCUAAAGUCCAAAGAGACGGGCAAGAAGUUUGCGUUUGUGGACUUUGUCUUCUACAACUGCAGCGUCCAUGAGUCCUGCCUGUCGUGUGUCAAUGGCUCUUUCCCCUGCCAUUGGUGCAAAUACCGCCACGUAUGCACACACAAUGCUGCUGACUGUGCCUUCCUGGAGGGCCGUGUCAAUGUGUCUGAGGACUGCCCACAGAUCCUGCCCUCCACCCAGAUCUAUGUGCCAGUGGGUGUGGUGAAGCCCAUCACUCUGGCUGCCCGGAACCUGCCGCAGCCACAGUCAGGCCAGCGUGGCUAUGAGUGCCUCUUCCACAUCCCAGGAAGCCCAGCCCGCGUCACCGCCCUGCGCUUCAACAGCUCCAGCCUGCAGUGCCAGAACUCUUCGUACUCCUAUGAGGGCAAUGACAUCAGCGACCUGCCUGUGAACCUGUCAGUGGUGUGGAACAACAACUUUGUCAUCGAUAACCCUCAGAAUAUCCAGGCCCACCUCUACAAGUGUCCUGCCCUGCGGGAGAGCUGCGGCCUCUGCCUCAAAGCUGACCCUCGCUUUGAGUGCGGCUGGUGCGUGGCUGAGCGCCGCUGCUCCCUGCGCCCUCACUGCCCUGCUGACUCCCCUGCCUCCUGGAUGCAUGCCCACCAUGGCAGCAGCCGCUGUGCAGACCCUAAGAUCCUUAAGCUGUCCCCUGAGACGGGCCCUCGGCAGGGAGGGACACGGCUCACCAUCAUGGGUGAGAACCUGGGCCUGCGCUUCGAGGACGUGCGGCUGGGUGUGCGUGUGGGAAAGGUGCUGUGCAGCCCCGUGGAGAGCGAGUACAUCAGUGCUGAGCAGAUCGUCUGUGAGAUCGGGGAUGCUAGCACGGUGCGGGCCCACGAUGCCCUGGUAGAGGUGUGCGUGCGGGACUGCUCCCCCCACUUCCGGGCCCUGUCACCCAAGCGCUUCACAUUUGUGACUCCAACCUUCUACCGUGUGAGCCCUGCCCGGGGGCCUCUUUCAGGGGGCACCUGGAUUGGCAUCGAGGGCAGCCACCUGAAUGCAGGCAGUGAUGUGGCUGUGUCUGUUGGUGGCCGGCCCUGCUCCUUUUCCUGGAGGAAUUCCCGGGAGAUCCGGUGUCUGACACCCCCUGGACAGAGCCCUGGUAGUGCCCCCAUCAUCAUCAACAUCAACCGUGCUCAGCUCACCAACCCUGAGGUGAAGUACAACUAUACUGAGGACCCUACCAUCCUGAAGAUUGACCCUGAGUGGAGCAUCAACAGUGGAGGGACCCUCCUAACAGUCACAGGAACCAACCUGGCCACCGUCCGAGAACCCCGAAUCCGGGCCAAGUAUGGAGGCGUUGAGAGGGAGAAUAGCUGCCAGGUGUACAACGACACCACCAUGGUGUGCCGGGCUCCUUCAGUGGACAACCCCACCCGCAGCCCACCUGAGCUGGGGGAGCGGCCUGACGAGCUGGGCUUUGUCAUGGAUGACGUGCGUGCUCUGCUUGUCCUCAACACCUCCUCCUUUCUGUACUUCCCUGACCCUGUGCUGGAGCCGCUCAGCCCUACGGGCCUCCUAGAGCUGAAGCCCAGCUCCCCGCUCAUCCUCAAGGGCCGGAACCUCCUACCACCAGCACCUGGCAACUCAAGGCUCAACUACACGGUGCUGAUCGGCUCCACGCCCUGCGCCCUUACUGUGUCAGAGACACAGCUGCUCUGCGAGUCACCCAAUCUUACGGGGCAACACAAAGUUACGGUGCGAGCCGGUGGCUUUGAGUUCUCGCCAGGCAUGCUGCAGGUGUACUCAGACAGCCUGCUGACUCUGCCUGCCAUCGUGGGCAUUGGCGGCGGUGGGGGCCUCCUGUUGCUGGUCAUUGUGGCCGUGCUCAUUGCCUAUAAGCGCAAGUCACGCGAUGCUGACCGCACUCUCAAGCGGCUGCAGCUCCAGAUGGACAACCUGGAGUCCCGAGUGGCUCUCGAGUGCAAGGAAGCCUUUGCAGAGCUUCAGACGGACAUUCACGAGCUGACCAAUGACCUGGAUGGCGCUGGCAUCCCCUUCCUCGAUUAUAGGACAUACGCCAUGCGGGUGCUCUUCCCUGGGAUUGAAGACCACCCGGUGCUCAAGGAGAUGGAGGUGCAGGCCAACGUGGAGAAAUCACUGACGCUGUUUGGGCAGCUGCUGACCAAAAAGCAUUUCUUGCUGACCUUCAUCCGCACGCUGGAAGCGCAGCGCAGCUUCUCCAUGCGUGACCGUGGGAACGUGGCCUCGCUCAUCAUGACGGCACUGCAGGGUGAGAUGGAGUAUGCCACAGGAGUGCUCAAGCAGUUGCUCUCCGACCUCAUUGAGAAGAACCUGGAAAGCAAGAACCACCCGAAGCUGCUGUUACGGCGGACCGAGUCAGUGGCAGAAAAGAUGCUGACCAACUGGUUCACCUUCCUUUUGUACAAAUUUCUCAAGGAGUGCGCGGGGGAGCCGCUGUUCAUGCUGUACUGCGCCAUCAAGCAGCAGAUGGAGAAGGGCCCCAUUGACGCCAUCACGGGUGAGGCCCGCUACUCCCUGAGCGAGGACAAGCUCAUCCGGCAGCAGAUUGACUACAAGACACUGACCCUGAACUGUGUGAACCCUGAGAAUGAGAACGCACCUGAGGUUCCGGUGAAGGGACUGAACUGCGACACGGUGACGCAGGUCAAGGAGAAGCUGCUAGAUGCUGUGUACAAGGGCGUACCCUACUCCCAGCGGCCCAAGGCUGGGGACAUGGACCUAGAGUGGCGCCAGGGUCGCAUGGCACGCAUCAUCCUACAGGAUGAAGAUGUCACCACCAAGAUCGACAAUGACUGGAAGAGGCUGAACACGCUGGCUCACUAUCAGGUGACAGAUGGGUCCUCAGUGGCGCUGGUGCCUAAGCAGACAUCUGCCUACAACAUCUCCAACUCGUCCACUUUCACCAAGUCCCUCAGCAGAUAUGAGAGCAUGCUGCGCACGGCCAGUAGUCCUGACAGCCUGCGCUCGCGCACACCCAUGAUCACACCUGAUCUGGAGAGCGGCACCAAGCUAUGGCACCUGGUGAAGAACCACGACCACCUAGACCAGCGUGAGGGUGACCGCGGCAGCAAGAUGGUCUCGGAGAUCUACCUGACACGGCUGCUGGCCACCAAGGGCACGCUGCAGAAGUUUGUGGAUGACCUGUUUGAGACCAUCUUUAGCACAGCACACCGAGGCUCGGCCCUGCCGCUGGCCAUCAAGUAUAUGUUCGACUUCCUGGACGAGCAAGCUGACCAGCACCAAAUACAUGACUCGGAUGUGCGCCACACCUGGAAGAGCAACUGCCUGCCCCUGCGUUUCUGGGUGAACGUGAUCAAGAACCCACAGUUCGUGUUUGACAUCCACAAGAGCAGUAUCACAGAUGCCUGCCUGUCGGUGGUGGCCCAGACAUUCAUGGACUCCUGUUCCACGUCCGAGCACAAGCUGGGCAAGGACUCACCCUCCAACAAGCUGCUCUACGCCAAGGACAUCCCCAACUAUAAGAGCUGGGUGGAAAGGUACUAUGCUGACAUUGCCAAGAUGCCUGCCAUCAGCGACCAGGAUAUGAGUGCAUACCUGGCCGAGCAGUCGCGGCUACACCUGAGCCAGUUCAAUAGCAUGAGCGCCUUGCAUGAGAUCUACUCCUAUAUCACCAAGUACAAGGACGAGAUCCUGACAGCUUUGGAGAAGGAUGAGCAGGCUCGGCGGCAGCGGCUCCGGAGCAAGCUGGAGCAGGUGGUGGACACGAUGACCCUGAGCAGCUGAGUCACCUGGUCUCCACUGUCUGGCAAGAGAUGAGCAAGAGAGCCUGCAGGGGUGGCCUCCGAUCAUCAGCCAAAGCUGCGAGAUCCCUGGAGGCAGCUUCCCCCGACCUGUGCCGGGUGCCCGUGUGCUCAGGGCGGGCAUGCAGGCCAGCGUUCUCCUGGCUCUCCCCCGCCCUCCCGCCUUACGGGGGUCCUGGUUCUUACUGGUGUGGGUGAGAUGGUUUCUGCAACACCCUCUGUGCCCAGAGCUGCUGGCUUUAGGGCUGGGGAAGCCCAGGUGCCGCUGGGACCUUCUCGGAAGACUUGAGUGACUGCUUAAGACCUAGGGGUAAGGCUGAGCCCUCCAGGAGGGUGGAAGCCAUUCUGGUUGUCUCCUUGAGCUCAGGCUGGUGAGGCCAGAAGGGCCAGGACGAGGGGCUGGGAAGGGGUUAGCCUUCCCAGCUUCCCAUGCAGAGCCUGAGGACUGAGGCCUCGCUGGAAGCCUGGGGGAGGUUGGAUGCCAGGCCCAGCCAAGGUGAGCCGAAGUUGAUCUGGGCUGUCGCCGCCUGCCUGCCACAUCUGGCACCCUCAUGCUCUCUGCUGCACCGCCGCCACCGUCCUCCGAUUCACCGCGUGCUCUCUGCGGCAGAGGCUGAAGCGCCAUGUCCACCUCGCCCAGAGAGAGGCCCCAGCAACCUCCUGUGGAGGGGCUGAAGGAAGGCAGUGCUCACAGCUCCCAAGUGACUUCCAGAAGGACUCAGCAACUCCCUUUGUGUCCUCAGGGCUGUGCCUCUGGGAGCCUGGGGCUCCAGUCAUGAGCACACGUUCCCAUUAUUUAUUCCAUGUACUCCUCUACUGCGUCCACUCCUGGCAAGCUCUCUAGCACGGAGCUUGUGGGAGCAGCCCUGACCAUCCUCCCUCCCUCCCUAUCUUCCCAGCUCUCCACAUCCACCUUCUAGCAGCUUCCGGUCUGGCAUCUCAGCAGUGUUCUGGCCCCUCAAGCGCCAUGGGACAUCUGGGGACUGUUUUUUGUUUUGUUUUUAUCCUGCUGCACUCUGACUGGGCAGCCAGGACCAUGGCAGGGCCCCUUGGUAUACUUGCUGGUCUAGCUGGGAGCAGGACACAGUGACCAGAGGGCCUGGUGGUUGGCUCUGUCCACCCUGCUCUCAGCAAAAAAGAACAAAUUUUUAAUUAGAAAACAUCUGUACGUUAUUAUACAUAUAUAUACAUA